AUGAGAUGUACCAAGAAAAAAGAAACAAUACUUCAGAAAGACAAGCAUGAGAAUGCUUACAAUCUGCGUCGAGUUCAGCUUCCAGUAGAUUUCUGGGCUAUAUUAAAUGAAUAUAGACCAACUGAAGAGAGUGGUCAUGUGAUCAGUAGGUUUCAUAAUAGCGGGGAACUGCCUCGAAAAGAUUAUGAGAGUUUGAAUUAUGACAACUGUUAUAAUGAGCCUUUUGUGGAAUACUGUGAUAGUUUACGCGACAAACAGUCAGCGAGGAAAGUAGAGUUUAUAAAAUGGGUAGUCACGUUACUUGUUGGAGUAUUCACAGGACUUGUUGCACUUUUUAUCGAUUACGUUGUAAAACUUUUGACAAAGUGGAAAUAUAACUCAGUAGAAGGCUCUAUAUACAAAUGUAUGGACGAUGGCUGUCUUGUUGUUUCUUUUCUUUGGUUGCUUCUGUUUAAUGUUGGAUUUUGUAUAAUAGCUUCUUCAUUAGUUAUCAUUGAGCCAGUUGCAGCUGGUUCAGGAAUACCAGAAAUAAAAUGUUAUUUAAAUGGUGUGAAGAUUCCAAACGUUGGCAGGCUUAGAACAUUGGUUUCGAAAGCAAUCGGUGUACUGUUUAGUGUAGCUGGAGGGUUAUUUGUUGGAAAAGAAGGUCCUAUGAUUCACAGUGGCGCUAUAAUUGGUGCAGGAGUACCGCAGUUCCAAAGUAUAGCUUUUAAAAGAGUUAAUAUAAACACAUACAGUUACUUCAGAACUGAUCGAGACAAGAGAGAUUUUGUUUCUGGUGGAGCAGCAGCCGGGGUAGCAGCUGCAUUUGGUGCGCCAAUAGGAGGAGUCUUGUUUAGUUUAGAGGAAGGAUGCUCUUUUUGGAACCAAAAAUUAACUUGGCGAACAUUCUUUUGUUCGAUGGCAGCAACUUACUCUUUAAAUUUCUUCCUAUCAGGAAUAGACGGUAAUGAUUGGGGAUUUUUCUACCUGCCAGGUUUAAUCAACUUUGGUGUUUUUAAGUGCUCUAAUGACACUGGAAUAGGAUGUCGACUUUGGAAUAUUUUAGAUCUGGCUGUCUUUAUUGUUAUGGGUUUUAUAGGCGGAGUAAUGGGUGCACUGUUUAAUCAUCUCAAUAAACUUAUUACCAAAUAUAGAAUGAAACAUGUUCAGAAGAAGAACAAGGUCGUCAGGAUUUUAGAAGCAGUUUUAAUCUCAGCUUGCACUGCAUUAUUUGCAUUUGGUGGUUCCAUGUUGCUUGGAGAAUGUAAGGCAAUUCCAACAGUGAUAAUAAACUCCACAAACGAAACAACGCAAGACUUUGUGCGUACAUAUUUCUGUGAAGAUGGUUAUUAUAAUGACAUGGCUACACUUCUAUUUAAUUCACAAGAAGAGGCAAUCAAACAGUUGUUUCAUCAAGAAGGUAAAUUUAGUAUACGUUCCUUGGCUUUAUUUGUUAUAUUUUUCUAUCUGCUGGCGUGUUGGACAUACGGUUCCAGCGUUCCAAGUGGACUAUUUGUUCCAUGUUUACUUUGUGGAGCUGCGUAUGGAAGACUUGUUGCUACUGUUUUAGUUGACGUUUUAGGUUACGAAAAUCAUUCAAUUUACUCUGGUACAUUCGCUUUGAUUGGCGCUGCUUCAUUCCUCGGCGGAGUCGUAAGAAUGACAAUAAGUCUGACAGUCAUCUUAAUUGAAUCAACCAAUGAAAUAAGUUAUGGGCUGCCGCUUAUGUUGGUGUUAAUGGUAGCCAAAUGGUCGGGUGAUUUGUUUAAUGAAGGUCUCUAUGAUAUUCACAUUCACCUGAAAGGAGUUCCUUUAUUAGAAUGGGAAGCUCCUGAGAAGACCGAAAAGCUUGUGGCUUCCGACGCCAUGAAUAAGAAAGUGGUAGUAUUUUAUCCAGCAACCAGAGUUUCAUCUAUAGUGAAAAUAUUGAAAACAAAUGCGCAUAAUGCCUUUCCAGUAGUCACCGUUCGAAACAAGCAAUCGCAGGAUUCAGAGGAGUUUGGAGAUGAACUAGAACUUUAUGCAUCAUUGGAAGAAGAAACUGUUCCGAAAAAUGCUCACUGGAAUUUAACCGGAAUGAUCAUGCGAUAUCAGCUAGUUACUUUACUAAAGAAGAGAAUUUGGUACAGAGAAGAGGAUGGGCGAUCAACACAAAGAAAAUUGUCAUAUGAGGAGAUGACAGAAGAAUAUCCUAGGUAUCCAGAUAUUUAUGAUAUCAACCAAGACCCACAUUUAAUCAUAUCCGAUAACAUGGUCGUGGACUUAACACCCUAUAUCAACCCAUGUCCAUAUACUGUUUAUCCAAAUACGCCAGUACCUCAAGUUUUCAAUCUGUUUAGAAGUAUGGGAUUACGUCAUCUACCAGUUGUCAGUCACGAUGGCCAGCUUAUGGGUAUGAUCACGAGACAUAACUUGACACAUGAAUAUCUAGAACACAUACUUCAAGAACAUGCGUCCUCUUAAAUAGAAUAAAACAAUUGUGACUUGUAAUUUAUUUAAUACAUAUAUAAUAAAUGUAAAUAUGCUAAUUAAACAGUUAAUUAAUGU